AUGAAGGCUUUGGAGUGUCAGGGGUUUGAUAUCGUGUGGAGUCGUAGUGUUGAAAGGAUGAGUAGGAAAGGAGAGUGCACGUUGGUUGCGGCUGAGUGGAAGGAAUGGGUCCGCAGCGAGUACCAGCGUGCUGAAACGCAGGUGAAAACCUUCCUCUUGGAAUGGGCUCAAAAAGCGUAUGAUCUCAAUCGGCCUGAUGAUCCCAAUGUUCGCCGAGUGGCCGUGAUCGGCGCUGGAAUCAGCGGAGUUGUUUCAACAGCCCAUCUUGUAGCUGCUGGAUUCGAAGUCACCGUGUUCGAAAGAAACCAGCAAACAGGGGGGAUUUGGCUGUACGAUGAACAGACACCAUUGGAAUGUUCUUUUCCUUCUCCUGGUCCUUCUUUAGCAGAUAAGGUAGAGAAAAACGCCAGAUUCGAUAGAGAGAAGCUCCGACUACAGCAUGCUCCUCCAGGACCAUGCUACAAAAAUCUCACAACAAAUGUGUCCACCCCUCUCAUGCGAAUAAAACUUCGCGCCUGGCCAGAAAACACACCCGAUUUUGUUCACCACAGUGUCGUGAAUGAAUAUAUCAGGGAUAUAGCACUCAGUACUGGAGUCGACGAGCGAACAAUAUACGGCGCUCGAGUGGAGCAUGUCUAUAAAAAUGGUGGGAAGUGGCAUGUCAAUUGGUCAGUACUAGAUGACAAUGGCAGUAUUGACGGUCUAGAAGAGAGGCGGCUGAUCUCUACCUUUGACGCGGUUGUAGUCGCGUCUGGCCAUUAUCAUUCACCUCACAUUCCGGACAUACCUGGGUUAUCCGAAGUAAAGAAAAGAUGGCCUUCAAGGGUUAUACAUUCCAAGCGAUAUAGAACACCGGAAGUCUACAGGGACGAAAUCAUCCAGAAUGUUUUGAUGAUUGGCGGAGGAGUAUCAUCGAUGGAUAUAUCGCGGGACCUUGGGCCAUUUGCCAAAAUGAUAUUCCAGAGCACACGAAAUGGCGACGCAGAUCCACCUGCUCUCAUGCUUCCAGAUAAUGCAGUAAGAAUUGGCGAGAUUGAUCAUCUCGAACUGCUAUCUGGGACUGGUGACACGCUACCAGAGGGUGAUCCCUUGCCAUUAAUACUCUGUCUGAAGUCAUCUCAACGAUUAUGUAAAAUUCACAAGAUCAUUGUUUGCACAGGGUAUCAAAUUGUAUUCCCGUUCCUUCCAGACUAUCACGACGAUUCAAUGCCGCUUCAGGAUGCUGAUGAUACUAUUCUUGUUACCAACGGGACACAAGUGCAUAACAUUCAUCGAGACAUCUUUUAUAUCCCAGACCCGACUCUGGCUUUUGUCGGGAUACCUUACUUCAAUACAACAUUUACCCUCUUUGAAUUCCAGGCUAUUGCAGUGACAGCCGUCUGGUCCCAAACUGCAUGUCUGCCAUCAACAACCGAGAUGAGACGGGAGUACUUAGUAAAGCAAAAGCAGACCGGUGGCGGGCGCAAAUUCCACUCGUUGAAGGAUAAAGAAAAGGAAUACGUCCGCGACCUUAUGGCGUGGAUAAACGAUGGUAGAAACGCACAUGGGCUUGUUCCUAUUGAAGGUCAUACGGCGGCUUGGUUUGAAGCUAUGGAUAAACUGUGGGACGAGGCGAGAGCGGCGAUGAAAGGAAGAAAGGAGCAACAAGAGAAGAUUAUCAAGCGCAUUCCAUUUUCGGCUGAUUGUACUUCGGUCGAACUGCCACAUCUUAAUUAG